UUCUUUCAUAUUGUUAUCACCACACAAUUUGUGCUUACUUUUUUCAGAUCAACAUCCAUGGCAUCUUCUUCUUCUUGUGCGAGUUAUCCAAAAUACUAUCCUCGAUGGAAGUAUGAUGUAUUUCUAAGUUUUAGAGGUGCUGACACACGGAGAACAUUUACGGGUCACUUGUAUGAAGGUUUGAAAAACAGGGGAAUAUUCACCUUUCAAGUUGAUAAAAGGCUAGAGAAUGGCGAUUCCAUCUCAAAAGAACUCUUGAAAGCUAUAUAGAAGAGUCUCAAGUUGCCAUAAUCGUUCUCUCAAAGAAUUAUGCUACAUCAAAGUGGUGCUUGAAUGAACUAAUGAAGAUUAUGGAAUGCAAGGAGAAAGAAAAUGGACAAACAGUCAUUACAGUCUUCUAUGACGUGGAUCCAUCACAUGUUCGAUACCAAAGUGAGAGCUUUGAAGAAGCAUUUGCCAAACACGAAUCAAGGUAUAAGGAUGAUGUUGAAAUGAGGCAGAAGGUGAAAGGAUGGAGAACUGUCCUAAUUGUUGUCUCAAAUCUAAAAGGAUAUGAUAUCCGUGACAGGAUUGAAUCAGAAUGUAUUCGGGAACUUGUUGACGAUGUUUCUUCAAAAUUAUGCAAGACUUCUUCAUCUUAUUUGCACGAUAUUGUGGGAAUAUAUACUCAUUUGGAGAAAGUAACAUCCCUUCUAGAUAUGGAAACUAAUGAUGUUCGGAUUGUGGGGAUCUGGGAAUGGGGGGAGUCGGUAAAACGACUAUAGCAAGAGCUGUUUUUGAUAGACUCUCACCUCAAUUUCAGGGUGCAAGUUUCCAUGCAGAUGUAAAAGAAACUAACACAAAUGAAAUCCAUUCUCUGCAAAAUACCCUUCUCUCUGAGCUGUUAAGGAAAGACAAAAAAUAUGUGAAUAAUAAAAAGGACGACAAGGUUAUGAUAGCUCAUAGACUUCGUUUUAUGAAGGUUUUAGUUGUGCUUGAUGACAUUAAUCAUCAUGAUCAUUGGGAGUAUUUAUCAGGGGAUCUUCGUUGGUUUGACAGUGGCAGUAGACUUAUUGCAACAACUAGAAACAAACAAAUUAUAGGGAAGAAUAACGUAGCGUAUGAAGUGACUACACUACUUGAACGUGAUGCUAAUCGGUUGUUCAGUCAAUAUGCUUUCAAGGAUAAAGCUCCAGAUGAGCAUAUUAAGAAGCUGGCAUUGGAGGUAGUAAGUCAUGCUAAAGGC